AUGGCUGCAUCCACCCUGUCCGUCUGCUCCAAUGACAUGAGCUAUGGCAGCCGUGCCUGCCUGCCCGGGUCCUGUGACUCUUGUACAGACUCCUCCUGGCAGGUGGACGACUGUCCAGAGAGCUGCUGUGAGCCCUCCUGCUGCGCCCCGACCCCCUGCCUGACCCUUGUCUGCACCCCAGUGAGCUGCAUGUCCAGCCCCUGCUGCCAGGUGACCUGUGGGACCAGCCCCUGCCAAUCAGCCUGCACCAGCUCCUGCACCAGCUCCUGCACGCCCUCAUGCUGCCAGCAGUCUAGCUGCCAGCCCUCCUGCUGCACCUCCUCUCCCUGCCAGCAGGCCUGCUGUGUGCCCGUCUGCUGCACACCCGUCUGCUGUAAGCCAGUCUGUUGUAGGCCAGUCUGUUGCGAACCUGUCUGCUGCACACCCGUCUGCUGCAAGCCUGUGUGUUCUGGGGCCACCCCCUGUCCAGCCCCUUCGAGCUGCUGCAGACCCUCCUCCUGCGUGUCCCUCAUCUGCCGCCCCGUGUGCAGGCCUGCCUGCUGCAUGCCCACCUCCUCCUGCUGUGGCCCCGCCUCCUCCUGCCAGCCCAGCUGCUGCCGCCCGUCCUCAUCCAUGUCCCUGCUCUGCCGCCCCGUGUGCUCCCGCCCGGCCUGCUGA